AUGGGCCAGCAACCGGACUUGGCCAUCUUCAUGCGCUUCAUCGCGUUGUCGGCAGAGAUUCUUCUACACCGCCAAGCAGAAAUUGUAGCGCUAAGGGAUGAGCUGUGGGAAUGCCAGAAGAACGACAACUCUGCGGCCAAGGGAACCAACCGCUGCGAGUAUGCGCAUGAUUCGGCCACAUUGCAAGCGUCAAUCGAUUCGAAUGAUCCGAUAAGAGAUGACCCUCGGCAGUGGGAGAUAUUCCUGGAACUGAGAGCCAAAUUGAAGGAAUAUCAAGAGGCUUUGGUCGCCCACAGACAGAUGGUUGAAUUUAGGCAGCCUCAUCGUCGUCAAGUAGAGUCUCUCGUGGAAUGGAUGGACGAUCACAAACGUGGAGAUAUAUUUCUUCUCGGGAUUGACAGCGAUGCAUGGAAAACAACAGAGUUGGCUGACCUCGUGAACAUGGAACCCAGCUCGCCUGACGGUUUUACAAACCGGUGGUCGCUUGGCUUUCUUUACUACUACGACAAAGUCAUCGGACAUCGCAUCCAUGCUACUGACGAGGCUGAACAUGCGCGGAACGCCAUUGUAUACCAGAAUCAACGUAUCAUGGCUGUCGCACGAACCUUUAAGACUGUCGUGGCUUGCAUGUUCCCGAUAGUCGCAAUCAUCACUCUUUAUUUUAUCAAAACGUUGCCUGUGCGGUUGGGCGUCAUCGGAGGCUUCACCCUUUUUUUCGCCCUGGUACUUGACAAGGCAACAUCUGCAAGCGUAAAAGAUAUCUUCAGCGCCACGGCCGCAUUCUCUGCAGUUCUGGUAGUGUUCGUUGGAACAACAAGUUGA